UCUGUAAUAAGCAGUAUUCCGUAACGUAACGCCUUGUUCAACAGAUGCCGCAACUGUAGAAAUUAGAACAGACGGGAAGCAAGCAGCACAACCGAUUACUCCACUACUUGCAAGUCUUCUUCUUCUUGGAAAACAUCUAUCUUCGAUUAUUAGUAUUAACUAAUCAUCAAUGGCGAUGAGGAUGAGGACUUACGGCCACAGGCUGAGAGCCCUGCUUUCGAAUUCCUUGUCCAAAGUCGAACACCAAUCUCAACAACUGCUCGUGUCGUCUUCUCCUUUUCAUUCCUUUCCUACCCGCAGUUUCGCUUCUUCAAACCUCUCUUCCCACUUUGAGAGUGUUGGAUUCAUAGGGCUGGGAAAUAUGGGAUCCAGAAUGGCAAAUAAUCUACUCAAGGCUGGAUACAAAGUGACUGUUCAUGAUGUAAACUGUAAUGUCAUGAAGAUUUACUCUGACAUGGGAGUUUCGACAAAGCAAACACCUUUUGAAGUUGCAGAAGCAAGUGAGGUCGUAAUCACGAUGUUGCCUUCAUCAUCUCAUGUAUUGGAGGUUUAUAAUGGACCAAAUGGCUUACUGCAUGGAGGAAGUCUCCGUACACCGCGGUUAUUAAUAGAUUCAUCUACUAUUGAUCCCCAAACAUCAAGAAAGCUCUCUGUGUCUGUAUCUAAUUGCACUUUAAAGGAUACGAAAGAUAAUUGGGAGAGCCCUCUCAUGUUGGAUGCUCCUGUCUCUGGAGGUGUUGUAGCUGCAGAAGCUGGUACACUUACUUUCAUGGUUGGUGGCUCUGAAGAUGCGUAUCUUGCUGCCAAAUCCUUACUUCUCUCAAUGGGGAAAAACGCAAUUUUCUGUGGUGGACCAGGAACUGGUUCAGCGGCAAAGAUAUGCAACAAUUUGGCCGUGGCUGUCAGUAUGCUUGGAGUGUCAGAAGCUCUUGCUCUGGGUCAGUCACUAGGAAUAACUGCCAGUACCCUCACAAAGAUAUUUAACUGUUCAAGUGCUCGCUGUUGGAGUAGUGAUAGUUAUAAUCCUGUUCCUGGAGUGAUGCCAGGAGUGCCAUCUUCAAGGAAUUAUAGUGGUGGAUUUGCAUCCAAGCUCAUGGCUAAAGACUUAAACCUUGCUGCAGCAUCAGCAGAAGAAGUUGGUGUAAAAUCUCCUUUAACAUUCCUAGCACAGAACAUAUAUGCAGAGAUCUGCGAGAACGGUCAUGAAUCUGAGGACUUCUCAUGUGUUUUCCACCAUUAUUACUCUGGCAAGGGUGAACCAAACUAGGUUCACAGGUGAAAGGAUACCAACAGAAAGCUAUGAGCUUUGUACCGUAAAGCAUUGGGAUUUCCCUGGAGAAAUUGUAUUCAAUUUAACGUUCUAAGCAAACUUGUUUAUGGCCAAUAAAUAUCACCUGUCAAUUUUCUUAAUGUUAAUAAAAUAAACCAUAUAAUGCUUUGAAAGCAGAGUACUCAGCCAGAUGUAAAGGAAAACAUUUAUUGCUGUUUGUUUUA